AAAACAAACAUUCAAUUUACUUUUAGAUUUCUUUCAUUACCUUUCCUCAUUCGAGAUCUUUGUUUUUUGGAAGUUAUGAGUUCCUUUACGUUGCCCCCUUACCUUUUUAAAAUAAGAGCCGUUCAAAAAAUGGUACGAAACCAAACCCUGUUACACCCUGUAUAUAACUUCUGCAAGGUUGGACGCAACCUUUUUCAACCCUGCAACACUGUAACUUGCGUCGGCCAUCUUCCCUCCAACGGAAAACCUAAAACUUUUGAAUCAUUUCCUUGUGGUCAGAAGAAAUUUCAACAAAAUGGAUGCAAAUUCAAUUAUGUGCAGAUUGUGUUUAAAGCUCAUCCCUCCAAAUGCAAAAUGCCAUCCUUUAAAGGAGCAGGAAGAGAUCCUCAAGGGCUGUCUUUUGGACAUUGAUUUGACCAUUCCGAUCAAUCCCUGCUGUUGCGAACAGUGCCUCCAGUCGCUCAAAUCGACUUACGCAUUCAAGGAGCAAUGCGUUGGCACAGAACGCUUAGUACUCCAACUCCGUGCGAAAUCCCUACCUUUCGAGGAGAUUCUCAACUAUACUGAUGGGGAUGUGAUAAAACAAGAGGCGGAACACUUGGAGAUUGUAAAUAAUGUCGACAUCGCUUUCAAUACGGAAAUAUCUAGUUGUUUUAUUGACGAGGAUACUAGAUGUAGCACUCCGUGUGUGAAUCAACACGAACUAACAAAGUCCAAACACGUGUACCGCUGUCACGAUUGUGCGUACCGUACGAAACAGAAGAACGUUCUUCUGAAACACCUCGUCGUUCAUGCUAAGGACUACAGGCCGUUUAAAUGUGACCAGUGCACGUUCAGCGCUCGGUGGCACUCGCUACUGAGAGACCACGUCGAAAUACACCCCAAGUGCUUCUCAUGCGAAAAGUGCAGGAUGAGGUUUUCGCUCAUGACCGAUUUGGCGAGACACGUUCGAGACCUUUCGUGUAAAUCCGUCGAGGACAGAUUUAAUCUGCGGAAAAAAAGCAGAUCACUUUGGAAGUCGCACUGGAGAAAAUCCAUUUAAAUGUGUACGUUGCGGUUGUGAUCGAAUUCCACACGCCAUCACGCCACGAAAAGUUAGGAUGCUGUGUUUCAGAUGAAAAGUAAAGCUCUGCUCAUUUAAA